CAUCAGUUAACAUUUAACGUUCGCGAUAAACGGUAGUAUUAUCUUUACGCUAUAUUAAUUUAUUAAGAGAAGUUAAAGUGUGUUUGGUGUUUUCUAAAGUAUAAAAAGAUGGACCAAGUGAUCAAAACAAUACUAUUAAUGUCUCUAUUAUCAGUUCAAGCGACGCCACUUGUCACCAGAGAGAGUUUGAUGAAGAGCGAAAAACUACAAUUCGAGUGCACACAAAUGAUAGUCUUAAACGGUAUGUUUACAUUCAAAGAAAAAAUCGCCAGUCUCCACGGUAUACCAGCAGAUAUGAGAGUCCAAUGGAAAACAGAUGAUAUAUUCUUUACUCUCGUAAGCAACGAAAUGAAAAUGAGCCUACAAGUCUUAAAAACCAGUGGUGACGUUGAGACUAUAAAAGUAGCUGGUCUUGGUCAAUCUAGCACAGUAGAUAACCUAAAUGACAUCGUGUAUCUUGGAACAGAUAAUGGUGUCUAUAAAUACAAAGAGGAUGGAUCUAUUGAAAUGCAUACAGCUUUGGGCGAAGAUGUUAUGUACAUAGCAUUGAACAAUGAUGGUAGCACCAUGUAUAUAGCUACAUGGCCGCAAAAUAGGGUGUUCAAAAUUAAUAAAGAGACUCAAAGCUUAGAAAGAUUUAAUCCUAUUACCAACGGGCAUGGAUUAACGAUUGAUACAAGAAAUAAUAUGUUUUUCGUCGACGUAGCAACUGAAACGUUGUAUGUUUUAAAGAAUGGUGAAAAUAUACCUAUAAAAGUUAAAGGUUUGCAUGAUGAUAAGAUGAUUAAUGUGUUUGUAAGCAGAUCCGAUGCUGUUUUUGCAAUGGAUGAUAAUAGCAAUAUGUUUCAAAUCGACGUAGAAAAUGAAGUAGCGAAAUUUCUGAGGAAUUUCAACAUUACUGGAGUGAAUACGUUCGCAAUGGACUCGGCAGAUAAUGUCAUAAUUGGAAUGAAAGGAGCAAUAUACAAAUAUUACAUUUACGAGAAAAACCCAUGUAAUAUGAUUGCAGCAACACACCCUAGAUUCAUGAUUCGGCACGAAAGACGGCGGCGGCAAAAAAGAGCAACAACAACAACAACAACAGAAUUCUAUGACGAAGACGAUGAGGAAGAAGAUGAUGACGAUUGAGGAUAAUUUUAGAAAUCUGAAGAAUAGGCAAAAGAAAAUGCAAUACUUAUUAAUAGUGUACAGCGCCACCUAUGGAGCUUUACUUAAUCUAUAAAUGCAACUUAACGUGCUGCCACCUUGAAGGUUACCUAUUUGUUAAUUUUUCGCAAGAUGGCGCUGUUAAGCCCUAUUGUUUUAUUUUUUUUAAAUGUUAAGAUUUUUAGCUAUCUACCGGUUUUCAAUAAAAAAAUUAUAAUAUUCAUGCACUCAAUCUUUAUUCAGUCAACAUUAAUUGUUAUUUGAAAUAACUGUAGGUAAGCAGAAACUAAACGCUAAAGCUGUUAAUAAAAAU